CCCCACCCCGAGGGGCACCCUGCUUGGAGUGGACCCAGCCGGGUCCUGCCCGACGUCCGCCCGUUGGGGCCACAUCCGCCGCGCGCCCCAGCACCUCCCACCGCCUGCUUCGCUCCUCCUCUCUCCGGGUCGCCAGUCCUCCGCUGCAGGUUCAAUCCCCGCGGGGACCCGGAGCACGGGGACCCGAAGCGCGGUUGACCGUCUGCCCUUGCAGCCGAGACCCGGCCAGGGGCACCUGCGAGCCGCGGGCACCUCUCGGGGCGACCGCGGCGGGCUGACUGGGCAUGCUCAGCAGCGGGGCGGCCGGGCGCCGCGGGAGCCAAGCGCAUGCACUCGCGGGGCCAGGCGCCGGCCGUCCAGGGGCGCGGCGCGCAGGCGGCCGCUCUGGCCGACGCCCUGGCCAGCCUGGGCAGGACGCGAGCCAGGAUGGCCUCCCUCACGGCAUACGACAGAGAUGUGAGCAGUGGGAGUUAUAACCUUUCCUCCGCAACGACAGGCAGCUACUACAGUUGUGUCAGCCAGAUCACCAUAGGUUAUGAUGUUGCUGGGCCUGUUGCAAUUGGGCUCACCCACUGGAAAAAUCCAUACGCACAAGGCAGACCCACCCUCCCAUCAGAUCUGCCUCUCUUCAUCUCCAAAGAUGCGGGCAUCCCUGUGUAUCACCGAUCCCUCACCCGCAAGACUGAGCUGCCUACACCUUUGUCUUGCCCAGCCUCACUGUCCAUCACUCCAGUGCCUUCUUACAGCAGCAGCAGCCAGGAAACCCUGAGUCAAGACACGACAGGUUUAAGUUUAUCUAUUCAUGGGGCUGAAAAGCGUUUGCAAAUCCAUCAACGGCGAAGUGUCGCAAGCCGCCCAGGGUCACGUCGCCUGCCUGUGGUCAGGCAUUCCUCACUUCCACCAGGCAGAAGGUCAGUAAAAAUGGAGGCAAGCUCUUCUGGAAUCACUAAUGGGAAAACCAAAGUCUUCCACCCAGAAGGAGGUGUGGAUUUGCAAGGCUACCAGCUGGAUAUGCAAAUACUACCUGACGGCCCAAAGAGUGAUGUGGACUUUUCAGAGAUUCUUAAUGCAAUACAAGAAAUGGCCAAGGAUGUCAAUAUUCUUUUUGAUGAAUUAGAAGCUGUCAACAGUCCUUGCAAAGAUGAUGAUUCUCUGCUUCACCCUGGAAACCUGACCAGUACUUCAGAUGAUGCUAGCAGAUUGGAAGCAGGGGGAGAGACAGUGCCGGAAAAAAACAAAUCAAAUGGACUUUACUUCAGAGAUGGAAAGUGUCGAAUUGACUAUAUUCUUGUGUACAGAAAAUCCAACCCACAGACUGAAAAGAGAGAAGUAUUUGAAAGAAAUAUUAGAGCAGAAGGAUUACAAAUGGAGAAAGAGUCCUCUCUAAUAAAUAGUGACAUUAUCUUUGUGAAGUUGCAUGCCCCAUGGGAAGUGCUUGGAAGAUAUGCAGAACAAAUGAAUGUAAGAAUGCCUUUCAGGCUUCUAUCUUCAAUCUCCUUUCCUUCCUUGCUAGUUCAAACUGUAACUGACGAUGGGUUUUCUUCUCGACUGGCUUCAUUUUUGCUGUUCUUCCAGGAGAAAAAUCUAUUACCUGCCCCGCCGGUACAAGUUCAUGAGCAGCGUAUAAUAUGGACCAGCCUGUGUGAUGGAAGCUAUCCAGUCCAUGCUUUGUUCUUCUGCUUCUGCUCAGCUACCCCAGUGAAGACCGAUUCACACAUUCCCCACCCCAGUUGGUGUCUCAGGAUCGAUAAACAAAUAAGCAGGUUUCGGAGAUGGUUACCUAAGAAGCCCAUGAGGCUGGACAAGGAGACACUGCCAGACCUGGAGGAGAAUGACUGCUACACUGCCCCUUUCAGCCAGCAAAGGAUCCACCACUUCAUCAUACACAACAAAGACACUUUCUUCAACAAUGCCACAAGAAGUAGAAUCGUACAUCACAUUUUACAAAGAAUAAAGUAUGAAGAAGGAAAAAACAAAAUUGGUCUGAAUCGUUUGCUUACCAAUGGCUCCUAUGAAGCUGCAUUUCCUUUGCACGAGGGAAGUUACAGAAGUAAAAACUCCAUUAGAACCCAUGGAGCGGAAAACCACCGACAUCUGCUCUAUGAGUGCUGGGCCUCCUGGGGCGUGUGGUAUAAAUACCAGCCUUUGGAUCUUGUAAGGCGGUACUUUGGAGAGAAGAUUGGGUUGUAUUUUGCCUGGUUGGGCUGGUAUACCGGCAUGCUCUUCCCAGCUGCCUUCAUUGGAUUGUUUGUCUUUUUGUAUGGAGUCAUUACUCUGGAUCACUGCCAAGUCAGUAAAGAAGUCUGCCAAGCUACAGAUAUCAUCAUGUGUCCUGUGUGUGAUAAAUACUGUCCAUUCAUGAGGCUGUCAGACAGCUGCGUUUAUGCCAAGGUAACUCACCUCUUUGACAAUGGAGCUACUGUAUUCUUUGCUGUUUUCAUGGCAGUCUGGGCAACAGUUUUCCUGGAGUUUUGGAAAAGGAGGCGAGCAGUAAUUGCUUAUGACUGGGAUUUGAUAGACUGGGAAGAAGAGGAGGAAGAAAUACGGCCCCAGUUUGAAGCCAAGUACUCCAAGAAAGAGCGGAUGAAUCCCAUUUCGGGAAAGCCAGAACCCUAUCAGGCAUUUGCAGAUAAAUGCAGCCGACUUAUCGUUUCUGCAUCUGGGAUAUUUUUUAUGAUCUGCGUGGUGAUCGCGGCCGUGUUCGGGAUCGUCAUUUACCGGGUGGUGACGGUCAGCACUUUUGCUGCCUUUAAGUGGGCAUUAAUCAGGAAUAACUCUCAGGUUGCAACAACAGGGACUGCCGUGUGCAUCAACUUCUGCAUCAUUAUGCUGCUGAAUGUGCUCUAUGAAAAAGUUGCACUUCUUCUGACGAAUUUAGAACAGCCUCGCACAGAGUCUGAGUGGGAGAACAGCUUCACCCUGAAAAUGUUUCUUUUUCAGUUUGUCAAUCUGAACAGCUCCACAUUUUACAUCGCAUUCUUCCUUGGAAGAUUUACAGGACACCCAGGUGCCUACUUGAGGCUGAUAAACAGAUGGAGACUAGAAGAGUGCCACCCUAGUGGAUGCCUUAUUGAUCUCUGUAUGCAAAUGGGUAUUAUAAUGGUGCUAAAGCAGACCUGGAAUAAUUUCAUGGAACUUGGCUACCCGUUAAUUCAGAAUUGGUGGACCAGAAGGAAAGUACGACAGGAACGUGGACCUGAAAGAAAAAUAAGUUUCCCACAGUGGGAAAAGGACUACAACCUUCAGCCCAUGAACGCCUAUGGACUCUUCGAUGAAUACUUAGAAAUGAUUCUUCAGUUUGGAUUCACAACUAUCUUUGUGGCAGCUUUUCCCCUAGCACCACUUCUGGCCUUACUGAACAACAUAAUUGAAAUCCGACUUGAUGCUUACAAAUUUGUCACACAGUGGAGACGACCUUUAGCUUCAAGGGCCAAAGACAUAGGAAUUUGGUAUGGAAUUCUUGAAGGCAUUGGAAUUCUCUCUGUUAUUACAAAUGCAUUUGUCAUAGCAAUAACAUCUGACUUUAUUCCUCGCUUGGUGUAUGCUUAUAAGUAUGGACCUUGUGCAGGUCAAGGAGAAGCUGGACAAAAGUGCAUGGUUGGCUAUGUGAAUGCCAGCUUAUCUGUGUUUCGAAUUUCUGACUUUGAGAACCGAUCUGAGCCUGAGUCUGAUGGCAGUGAGUUCUCGGGGACUCCUCUCAAGUACUGCAGAUACCGAGACUACCGUGACCCUCCUCAUUCACUGGUGCCCUAUGGCUACACACUGCAGUUCUGGCACGUCCUAGCAGCUCGAUUGGCUUUUAUCAUUGUGUUUGAGCAUCUCGUGUUUUGUAUAAAGCACCUCAUUUCAUAUCUGAUCCCAGACCUCCCAAAAGAUCUAAGGGAUCGAAUGAGAAGAGAGAAAUACUUGAUUCAAGAGAUGAUGUAUGAAGCAGAACUGGAGCGUCUCCAGAAGGAACGAAAGGAGAGGAAGAAAAAUGGAAAAGCACACCACAAUGAGUGGCCAUGACCAGGUAACAGUUCAUUUCCAAGCCAAGGACCUGAAACCUGUUUACUUCUCCCAGCUGUGCAAAAGCACAUUCAAGUGAAUGACUAAAAUGCAACCGCAGUGCAUGUCGCAGACAUUGGCAGCAGCAGGGGAGUCAGCACCCUUAAAGGACUACCUGGGAAAUCAUGCUGCUGUGAAAUCACGUUGCAGCACACAAUUGCUCUCUAUCCAUAGACCAUUCUUGACCAAGCAAGCAUGCACAUCAUGGGCAGUUACAUUCUCAAGUUUUUAAAACCAAGGGGAACUUGUAUACUGGGCCUGUUUUUCAGCCUGUUUGCUACCUUUUUUGCAUUCUGUCCCAUGUGAAUUUUACAGACACUGGGCUAAUAAGGGUAUUCAGACACCUGGACACACAUUCCUAGAAUGUCAUUAUAUGGUCCUAAUUCCACGUCACUGAAUGAUACAGACAAGACCCUGUUUACAACUUUUUCUUUUUUUUUAAUUUCAGAUCUUUCUGAGGAGAUUAUUAUAUAUGACAUAUCUAUAGCUAUGUGUAUGGCCAUAGAUGUAUUUCUGUGUGUACAUAUGUAUAGUCAUGUAUUCUUACAUAUGUACAUACAAAUACAGAGAUAUAUAAAGUACAUAGAAAUUCCUUACUUGUAAAUAGCCAAAGGGUACUGACAUGAAUGACAAAUUUUCACAUUUAAAUAGUCAUCAACAUGAAGCCAUGUUUAAUGCUUGUAUAAUGUGAUGCAAUAAAAUUUAAAAUAAAUUUAUGCACAUGGAA